AUCACCAACUAGUGAAGGUCAACAUGGCAGGGAAUGGGACUAAAUUACUGUUUGAGGGUUUCUACAGAAAAGAAAAGAUACUUUGAAAAUAAGGUGGGUGACGUAUUGGUUCAGGCUUCAAAACACAACUUUGUUCUUCUAUACCAAGAAAAAUGGAAGUGCUUCCCACUUAAGAGGCUACUACUACAUUUACACAGUGCAAUCGGUACGGGAGAUGGAGAGAGUUGACAGUAAACGUUAUAUGUUUGAGAUCAUCAUGACCAACGGAAAGAGAAAAGUGUUGGCAGCAGAGACGGCUGAACUCAGAAAGGAGUGGGUCGGAUACCUAUGGCAGGCCAUGCAUCUGUCUAGUUCUGGGUUGUUUGGAUUAAGGAACACAUGCCCUCAUGUAUCUGAGCAGCGGGACAGAGUAAACAGCAGUGCACUCAUCUGCUCGGACGCCGACAGUGUGAUGGAGACGCUUCCUCCUCGGCCCGUCUCCGUCCCUGGACCCCAGAGUCUCAUCCAACCAGAGACGAGCAUCGCCUCCUCCAUCUGCACAUCUGAGCAACCAGAGUAUGAGGAGCCCACUUACCAAAACAUAGAGCUCAAACGCAAACCUCAGCAGUGCAAUGAUGGAUGUUUGACAGAUCCUCAGCAGCCCAGUGGAGUCAGCAAUGUAGAGGACGGACAAGAAGGAGACUAUGAUGUUCUACCAUUGAGAAAAAAUGUAUGUGAGUCCAACCCUGCAACAGAGAUGCAUGAGGGUGUGUACGACUUUCCCAUUUCAUACAGAGUGGCUGCCGACGUUCAGGAACCCACAGAAAGCAUCUAUGAUGUACCAAGUGCUCUUGUGAGGAUGCCAGAUGAUACUACAGAAGAGUGUCCAGAGGAGGGAGCCUAUUGGAGGAUAUGAACUCUAAUUAAAAUCAGCAGGAGGCUAAAAUAAAGGGGAAAAAAGCCCUCCUUCUGCAGCUUUCUCCUCUUGGUCCAAUAACUACUAUAAAGACAGACGACCUGGUGCUGUUUCACACCACUGUGGGAAAAUGAAACGAAAAUGUAGGACAGCUGCCAUGUUGUUUCAGAGAUGAGACAUGGAGCAGAGGAGUACAGUCGCAUUUCAGACUUAACAGCGAUCUGUAUUUAAAACCUUUCUAUACUAUUAAAAAAAAACAUUUUAAAUGCACCACCUAAUUUUUUUUUUUUUUUUUUGAGAAUUUUUGGACAGAAAUCUUGGAGAGGAGUAUGAACUGGGUUACUGCGAUCAUGUCCGGAAAGAAACAAAUAAGAGUUAAGAGUUAAGAUUACAUGUCCUCAAAUUUUAAUGCAAAGCAUGACAUUUUUUAGAAUCAAAAACUACUUGAAUGUUUCUGCUUAUGGACAGAUGGUAGUACUGACUGACUGACUCCUUGACCCACCUUAGUCUAUCAGCGACAGCUCCAGAUGCAUCGAAUUGUUCAAAAUGGUGGAAUGACCAUCAUUCAGUCUUCUGGAUCCAGCUUUGGUGCUCUGACCAGACUGAACUAGACCAACAGCCAGGUACCGCAUUGCUGCAGGGUCUCUCCAAAUGGACACAUGGAUCUGAUUUUGUGAUGUUUUUAAACAAAGGGACCAGGCACUGCUCAAAG